AUGGCGGACGAAGUUUAUGACGGUGCCGUCGGCAUCGAUCUGGGUACCACCUACUCUUGCGUUGCCACCUACGAGGGUAACAAUGUCGAGAUCAUUGCCAACGAGCAGGGUUCCUUCACCACCCCCUCCUUCGUUUCCUUCACGGACAAGGAGCGUCUCAUUGGUGAGGCCGCCAAGAACAAUGCUGCCAUGAACCCCAUCAACACCGUCUUCGAUGCCAAGCGUCUGAUCGGCCGUCGCUUCGAUGACCCCACCGUCAAGAAGGAUAUCGAGUCUUGGCCCUUCAAGGUCAUUGACGAUGCUGGCAACCCCAAGAUCGAGGUUGAGUACCUCGGCGAGAAGAAGAGCUUCUCCGCCCAGGAGAUCUCCUCCAUGGUCCUCCUCAAGAUGAAGGAGAUUGCUGAGACCAAGCUCGGCAAGAAGGUUGAGAAGGCUGUCAUCACUGUCCCUGCCUACUUCAACGACAACCAGCGUCAGGCUACCAAGGAUGCUGGUGCCAUUGCUGGCCUCAACGUCCUCCGUAUCAUCAACGAGCCUACCGCUGCUGCUAUCGCCUACGGUCUGGGUGCUGGUAAGACUGACAAGGAGCGCAACGUCCUGAUCUACGAUCUUGGUGGUGGUACUUUCGAUGUCUCCCUGCUCAACAUCCAGGGUGGUGUCUUCACCGUCAAGGCUACCGCUGGUGACACCCACUUGGGUGGCCAGGACUUUGACACCAACCUGUUGGACCACUGCAAGAAGGAGUUCACUCGCAAGAGCAAGAAGGACCCCAGCAACGACCCCCGUGCUCUCCGAAGACUCCGCACUGCUUGCGAGCGUGCCAAGCGUACCCUCUCCAGCGGUGCCCAGGCCACCAUUGAGAUUGACUCUCUCUUCGAGGGUGAGGAUUUCACCAUGACCAUCACCCGUGCUCGUUUCGAGGAGCUCAACGCCAAGGCCUUUGCUGGCACUCUCGAGCCUGUUGCCCAGGUCCUCAAGGAUGCCGCUAUCGACAAGAGCGCUGUCGAGGAGAUUGUCCUGGUCGGUGGUUCUACCCGUAUCCCCAAGAUCCAGAAGCUUCUGUCCGAGUUCUUCGACGGCAAGAAGCUCGAGAAGAGCAUCAACCCCGAUGAGGCCGUUGCCUACGGUGCUGCCGUCCAGGCCGGUAUCCUCUCCGGAAAGGCCACCUCCGCCGAGACCGCCGACCUCCUCCUGCUCGAUGUUGUUCCCCUGUCCCUGGGUGUCGCCAUGGAGGGUAACAUCUUCGCUCCCGUCGUUCCCCGUGGACAAACGGUGCCCACCCUUAAAAAGCGAACUUUCACCACCGUUGCCGACAACCAGCAGACCGUUCAGUUCCCCGUCUUCCAGGGUGAGCGUGUCAACUGCGAGGACAACACCUCUCUGGGAGAGUUCACUCUUGCUCCUAUCCCUCCUAUGCGCGCUGGCGAGGCUGUCCUUGAGGUCGUCUUCGAGGUUGACGCCAACGGUAUUCUCAAGGUCACCGCCACUGAGAAGUCCUCUGGCCGCAGUGCCAACAUCACCAUCUCCAACUCUGUCGGCAAGCUGUCUACCGGCGAGAUUGAGAAGAUGAUCAGCGAUGCUGAGGCUUUCAAGUCCAACGAUGAGGCUUUCAGCAAGCGUUUCGAGGCUAAGCAGCAGCUCGAGUCCUACAUUGGCCGUGUUGAGGAGAUUGUCUCUGACCCUACCCUGUCCCUCAAGCUCAAGCGUGGCCAGAAGGAGAAGAUUGAGUCCACCAUCAGCGACGCCAUGGCCGCUCUCGAGCUUGGCGACAGCACCGCUGAGGACCUCAAGAAGCAGGAGCUCGCCCUCAAGCGCCUUGUCACCAAGGCCAUGUCCUCCCGAUAA